GUAGUUUCUUCUUUACAUUCAUCCAGGUCGCUGGCCACUUGUGGAGUAAUUAUUGGUUUAUUCAGAUCAUAAGUCACUAAAGCUUCAAAUUCACUUGUGAAAUUUCUGUGAUUUGAUUUAUGCAUUUUGUUAUGUUGAGGCAUGCAUCUCAUUACGUUCAUUUGACCACAAUCAGCUGACUUUGGCGGUUGUUUCGUGUAUGCUCACUUUAUGAUGGAUGGUCAAUUGAAGUUACCAGUUAAUUCCCCAGAAAACCUUCGCCAUUUAUGUUCUGAACAGAUUGAGAAGCAAAGUAUGCGUGGUAAACAUAGGCGUAUGCAUUCCGAGGGAUCUGCUCGCUUCAAUUCAUCACCUUCGUGCGAAUCUUUAACAGGAAAUAAACCAGCUGUUGACUGGAUAUCUCAAUCUGGGGUUAGGAGGCGGAAAUUUCCAGAUUUCUGUCUUUUCAGUGAUUCUUCAAGUCAGUCGACCACAAGUACUUAUGCCGCACAACAGCCGUGGGACAUAAACUCUUCUGUUUCAGACUUGAAGUCUUUGAGUGUUUUAAAAACAAAUCAUUCUCCACUGUCUUCUCAUCGUCGAUCUGCAAGCUAUGGUGGUGAUUACUUUACGUAUGCUGCUCAUGAGAUUGGGGAAGCUGCUAGUAGAGCUGUGGAACAUGCAGAAGAACUUGUUAUACAUCUCUGGAAACAGGGCUGGAAAGUUGUUCACCAUCAUAGCUUACCCCACUGGUUAAAGGACAAUGACUUCCUUCUGCGUGGUCAUCGACCUCAGCUUCCUUCAUUUCGCGAGUGCUUUCGUUCCAUUUUCCGACUACAUACAGAAACAGGGAAUAUAUGGACGCAUCUUAUAGGUUUCAUAUGCUUCCUGAUACUAAGUAUAUCAUUUUUGGUUCGUCCUGGAUUAGAUAUUCAUUGGCAGGAAAAAAUGGUUGUCCAAGUGUUUUUCGUCAGUGCAAUCCUUGCACUUGGAUUUUCCUGGCUAUUUCAUACCGUUUAUUGUCAUUCAGAGCGUGUCGGUAAAUUAUUUAAUAAAUUGGAUUAUAUGGGGAUUGCGCUACUUGUUAUCGGUUCGUUUGUCCCUUGGAUUCACUAUUCUUUCUAUUGUCAUAAACCAUUCAAAUUUGUUUAUAUUACGGCUGUGCUGAUACUUGGAUCAAUCUGCGCCUUUGUUUGUACACAAGAUUAUUUUCUCAGUCCAGCGUAUCGUGUAGCUAGAGCACUCCUAUUCAUUUCCCUUGGUUUGUCGGGUAUAAUUCCGUGUACACAUUAUAUUCUAAUGGAAGGCUUUUGGGAAGGUGUCAGUUAUUCUGCGCUUGGUUGGCUUGUGCUAAUGGCUGUGCUCUACAUAUCAGGGGCUGCAAUUUAUGCAUUGCGUAUUCCUGAACGUCUUUAUCCUGGAAAAUUUGAUAUUUGGUUUCAAAGUCAUCAAAUCUUCCAUGUAUUUGUUGUACUAGCUGCCUUAGUACAUUUGAAUGGUAUUCUAGAGAUUGCUCAAUAUCGACUAGCCAAAGGUAGCUGCGAUAAUCAAUUGUAAAUGUGCCCAGUGACCAUUAUUACUAUUAUUAUUAUUAUUACUAUUAUUAUUUUCUCAUUCCUUCUACUCCAGUCUUUUGCAUAUAUCUGUUUUAUUUGUUGUGUUUCUUGGACUAUGAUUAUGUCACGCGGUAUGACUUACCUACGUACGUACGUGAGUAAGUAAGUAAGUCGGUGGGAUUGCCUGCACAAAAAAUUAAUUGUAGAACUUGUAAUAAUCUUGAUUUCUUUUCCCUUGUUUUGUGUUUUUUUAACCCAUAUACCCAUAAUGAUGAUAUAUCGAAAAAAAUUGACUUUAUGUCCCUCUUUCACUCUCUGUGUGUGCCAGAGUUCUGUUUUGGUUUAACCUUAUCGUUCUUCUCCUUUACGGGAUCAUUUACUCAUGUGUUAUUAUUACAAAAAGAGAAAGAAUAGUUUAGAAAUUUCUUGUCUCAUACACAUACAUAUAUAUUGCACAAACAUUUACAUAUCCUUUGUAUCCUUUGCACACGUGUUAGUGCAACAGUCAAUGCAUAAAAAAAUCCAAUCUAUUUUGAGAAGUUCUACCUGAAAUAAUAAUGGACCAUUAUGUUGUGUAUGUGAGUUAAAAAAUGUUUAAUUUUUAUCUUGUAUUCGACUUACCUUCUUUGUUAUUUUUCUUUUUUUGUGUGACUACGAUGCCUUGUUUAUAACCAACAUGUGUGCCCGUGUCCGUUUCCAAGCCUGUGUGUAUUUCAGUCAAAGUACACGGAAGCUGGAUCCAGCUAGUUUGGCUGGUGAAAUAGCUCGCACAAAGCACAAAUACAUACAUACACUUACAUAUACAUGUAGAAAUUACUAUCCUGCACUCAAUAAUCUUCUUCAUCAUGAACUGAUCUGUAUUCAUAUUGAUACUACUACUACUAAUAAUAAUAGUAAAUAUUUCAUCUGGAUCAUAAAUAGACUAAAAUAGUACACCUAUUAUAGAAAAUUAGACAAACAGACUUGUACAAGUGUAAUUUGAAUUCAAAUUUCACACUGUACUGUACUGUGUUGUUUCUGUUUCUCUCUUGAUGCUUUCCCCAUUCCCUGUAACCUUUAAUCUUUCGUUACAUUCAGGUGUGUGUGUGUGUGUGUGUUCAGGAAGUUCAAUGAUAUAUGCUUGUUAUAUAUGCACGAAAGAGGAGACACCUACCAACAACCACCUGUUGUUUGUGUAGAGAUAGAUAGAUGCCCUAGCAUCGUUCACCGCCAUCAUCAACUUAAUCGUCAAUGCGUUUUCUAUUUUUUUUGUUGCCUCCAAUUAAAAUAAAUUUGGGUUGUAAGGCGCGGCCAAAUUGAAAACAGUUUGUGUGUGUGUAUACAUACAGUUUUGCGUAUUUAUUUAUUUGCCCAUGUUACUUGACAAUAUUCACUCAAAUCAUUUUUACUACUUCUCUUUUGGUAGUGUGUGUAGAGAGUGUACGGUACCCUAGUACUACGCCUCAUUUUCCUUUAACUAUAUUUCAUUUUGUAAUUUUAUCAAUCUUUCCUUUUUUAUCGAAAAAAUUUUCUUCAGUUUUGUUUUCUUUUUUCUUUCUUUCUCUCUCUCUUUCGUAAAAAUAUGUAUUAUAAAACAUUUUGAAAGAGAAAUGAAGUUGUCAGAUGUUGUCAGUUAUUCGUAUUUAUUAUCAUUGUAAUUGUUGGAUGGAUACAAAGUCACUUAUAAUAAUGACAAUAAUAAUGACUGAAGAGAUUUAGUAAUGAAUAAAUUUGAGAUGUAUACAAUGUUUUGUAUAUAAA